AUGACAGGAUGCAGGCCAUCGGCGAAGCAACUGACAGUCCUCGUGCAGCCGCUGACAUCCACCGCUGGAGAGCCUCUGUCUGUGCAGCCGGUGCUCGCGCUGACCGACGACAGCGGCAACAUUCUUACUACCGAAAAUGACGGCGUCGUGACUGUAAGCAUCGGAAAUAACCCGUCUCGAUUCGCAAUUAUCUAUCCCGUGGCAAGUGCCUUUACUUUCGAAAGCGGAAUUGCGCGGUGUUCAGGGUUGUACAUCAAUCAGGCGAAUGCUGGGUUCACUCUCGUAUUCUCUUCUUACUACCAUGGCGUGCGGACAGAAACUUCAUCGUUUGACGUUGUCGUGGGUCCCCGGUACAGACUUGCGAUUCUUGCUGAUAUCAGUACGGCUUACGGUGGCACACCGUUCUUGCCGCAGCCAACUGCAGGCGUGGUAGACAAGGGCGGUAAUGUCGUGACGACAGUAACGGAGGGCUCUGUUCGUAUUGAGAUUGAAGUGAAUCCUGUUGGAGGCAUCUUGCAGCCAGCAGCCCUUCUGAACGUUUCGAUUGUUGGCGGCAUCGGUCGAUUCCGUGGUGCAUUUAUUGAUGUUGCCGGGUCACCGUACAUACUGCGCUAUACUACAGAUCUGGUACUUGUAGGUGGAAACACAGUGGUCACAAACCCUUUCACCGUUGCUGCAGGUGAGUGCAACAGGCUUCAGCUCAACACUACACUAGGAGGAGCUACGGGUGGUAAGGCAUUUCUUGUCCAGCCUGUGCUCAAGCUUCUUGAUUCCGGUGGUAAUGCUCUCGAGGCUGACAGUACAAGCAAGGUUCGCGUGGCUAUUGCUGCUAACCCUUCGCGCGGAACACUUACGCCAACUGAUGAACUGACUGUCAGAGUACAGAAAGGGGUGGCGACUUUCCGUAGCUUAAACAUUGACAGAGUCGGGAAUGGAUACUCGCUGCGAUUCACACUAUACACCAAGGUCCAAGGCAAGAACACUUGGAAGAAAACGACUAUUUCUCAGGUGUCAGACACAUUUGACGUUCUCACGGGUAAUCCCGUGUCAUUACUCUUGCAGCGCAACCUUUCUGAUGGAAUUCUGGAUGGCCAGCCAAACGAAAUCCAACCCGUCGUGGCGCUACUCGAUUCUGGUGGUAACGUGGUUUCAUCACUUGAGGCGGGAACUGUCACAGCCUCUCUGGUCUCCAGCGCCUCUGUGAGUUCCAGUAUAGUCGUUGAUACCUCAACUGCCCCCCUACUGACAGUUGUGGGUGUGCGUGCGUUAAUCAGCUCGACGUAUCCGAUGCCCUACGGCGUCGGCGCGCUGAUCUCCGUGCAAGUGACGUUCUCAGAUGACGUUUCAAUCAAGGGCGCACCGACAUUGGAGCUUGCAUCUUCUGUUAAUGGAGCGGGAGCCAAUGGAGAAGCCGUAGCCGUCGCGACAACUACCGUGUGGUCCUGUAGUUACGUAUUCGAGUAUGAAGUCGUGACCACAGAUAACACUUUGGACUUAGAGUACACAUCUACGACUGCUCUAUCAUUAAACGGCGGACAGAUCACGGACCGAAACGGUAAGAUCCCCAUCCUCAUGUUGCCGACAUUAGGCAGCGCGAAUUCUCUAGCUGGAAGCAGCGCGGUGGUAAUCGAUACGACAGCUCCAGUGAUCACGUCCGUGUCAAGUCCAAUUCCAGGAGAUGGCGAAUAUGGCACAGGGCAACAGAUCAACCUGAAUGUGCAAUUUUCACAGCCUGUGUCAGUGUAUGGCAACCCGCUGUUGCCAGUGGCGCUUACGUCAGUCGGGGGUGGCUCGGGAGGGAUGCGUGACGCAGUAUUCUACAGCGGAAACAACACCAACACUUUAGUGUUUGUUUACACUGUCCAGGGUGGUGACGCGACCGCGAAGCUGGAUGUGACAGCGAAUAUAAACGUCAAUGGUGGCUUUAUUAAGCGUUUCUCGCAGCGUCCGACAAUCGACGCGAUUGUAACCAUGACAGCGGUGCCAGCUAAGCUUUCCACCGUAAACAAUAUCGUCAUUGACACUGCAAUCCCAACUGUUGAUGCAACGGUGGGCGUGACAAGUGGCAGCAGCAACGGCAUUUACGCUCCUGGAGACGAGGUUAAGAUUUUGGUAACAUUUACAAAGCCAGUUUACGUGACGGGGUAUCCGCGUCUAAUUCUUGAGACUGGACCGAUUAAGCGUCCUGCGGGGUAUACAACAGGUAGCGGCUCCAAAGUGCUGACAUUUGUCUAUCGAGUUUCGGCUGGUGACACCGCAGGAGUUGGUUUCUUAAACUAUUGGGACAACCAGGCACUUCGGCUGAAUGGCGGUACUAUUACUCGUUCACUCGUAGACUCUAGGGGGACGACAGGAGUUUCUGCUGUUCUAUCGUUGGCGAGCACUACAAAUUCAGGCAGGGCACUGGUAAACAAUGCUCAAUUAGCCAUCGAUGGGAUUCCUCCGACUGUCACAAGUAUUGCCAUAUCAUCUGCACCCUCUCCGACUGUUACGCGGGGCAAUGAAGUUGUGAUCGGCAUCAGUUUUUCGGCUCUAGUGACUGUGAACACAACAAAAGGCUCGCCCAUACUGCAAAUGGAUGUGGGAAUCUAUAAUCGUCAGGCCGUGUACAAAUCAGGCAGUGGAAGUCAGUCGUUACUCUUCUCUUACAUCGUGAGUUUGGGGGACGCAGCCCCCAAUGGACUGAACUACCGUUCCAGGUCGGCUCUGGUGCUUAAUGGUGCAACGAUCCGACGCGCUUCCAACGCACCCACUCUGAAUGCGUACUUGACGUUGCCAGAUCCGCCAUCUUUGAGUCCUCAGGUCAUCGUAGAUCGAGCAUUGUCAUUCGUGACGACAAUUACGCACUUGACAGCCGACGUGGGCGCAGGAACGUACGGAACGAAACACGUUAUCACAUUGUUUCUUACGUUUUCAGACGAAGUCGCGCUAUCGGGAGUAACGCCACCAGCACUGAAGAUUAAUACGGGCACCAUCGUGUCGUACGCAUCUGGAAGCUCCACACGGACGCUGGUUUUCCUCUAUAUCGUAAAGGAAGGAGAAGUUUCCUCCGGACUAGACAAAUUUGAUGUCAAUGCCCUGAUAUGUGCUGCGCCAAAUUGCGAAAUCAUCAACUACAACGCGCAAAGUGCAGACCUGUCGCUCGCUGCCAUCAGUUUAGUACCUGCAAACAUUGUGAUUGACACAAGAGCCCCAAAAGUUCUAAGCGUCUACGCGGGUACAACAGCCCCGACAUUUAACGGUGGCUCGUUCGUCGUUGGGGAUGUGAUUGAAAUCGUCGUCAAGAUGGAUUUGGAGGUGUUUAUCGAGCCUCCGCCGAGUGCAUACCCAGAAAAGGCUCCUGUGCUGUUACUUAACACUGUGAAGGGUGGGAGAUCUGUCUUGUGUCAAGGUUAUGCGAAUAACGACAGACAUCUAUUGCUAUUCAAGUACACUGUGGAGCCAGGCGAUGUGGCUCCCGAUCUUAUGUACCUCGACCAGAGCGCGUUGACGCUCAAUAGAGGCCAAUCGUCCAUUAAAAGAUUUUCGACUACACCUACUACAAAUGCUGUGCUGGCUCUUCCUGUUCCGACAUCACUUGGAGUGUCGCUGAGUGUUAAUGGGAACAAGGUCCCUACCAUCCUGAAUGUUUCCUCACCAUCCGCGAGUGGUGUCUACCGGUGUGGAGAUCAAAUCGCACUCACUGUGGCUUUCAGCCAGCACGUUGUCGUGAAGGGAAUUCCCUUCCUUUGGUUAGAUAUGGGAGUGGUGCCACGCAAGGCGAUAUAUAGCUCUGGUAGCGGUUCAACAGCUCUCACAUUCGUCUACACGGUUCAGGAAGGCGAUUACUCUGCGGAUAUGGAAUAUGUGGAUCAUCACUCCCUUGACUCGACCGUUAACGUAAAUGAUACGACUCCGACUGCGAUCUUACAUUUGUCAACAAACCCAACAACGCUGGCAGAUGUUAAUCUUCCGUAUCCGUGUACUCAAGGCAGCCUCAGCUACAACAAGAACCUUCAAGUGAACGGCCGCAAGCCCAGUAUUGUAUCAACACGCUUCGUGUCUCCUGAUGGUCUUUACAAAGUCUUAGAUACAGUGGCAAUGGAGGUAAUAUUUAGCGCUUGUGUGGUCAUUGAUAGAGGCCCACUGGGAGCACAAGGCCCUACGCCUAGGCUUCGAUUUCAGCCUAGUCCGGUCUCGUCAUUGUCAGCUUCUGGGUCUACUACGAUCACGAGAUAUGGCAUCUACGUGAGUGGAAGUUCCAGUCCAGCGUUGCGGUUUGAGUACACAAUCAAGACAGGAGACACUGCGCUUGCUCUGGACUAUGCUGGUACGACGGCCUUGGAGCUUAACGGUGCUCGGAUAUUGACCUGCACGGCCAACGCAAACGUGGCUCCAACGCAAAGUGUGGAUCUGCAUUUGAACCCCCCUGGCGGACGACUACUCGGUGAUACAGCCAAACCAAUUGUGUUCGGGAGAGCUACUUUCACGGAUCUUGUUGUGGACCGUCUUGGUUUUGACUACAGGGUCAACUUUAGUGCACUGUGCAACCAGACGGCGCUUGAAACCAGUGCAUAUUUCGACAUGCUUUCUUCCGCUGUGUAUGGAUUACGGAGCUCUCCUUUUGCGAGUGGUGAUCGGUUAGGCUCAAGCGUUGACGUGGAUGGUGACACACUCGUACUUGGUGGACCUGGUACAAGCCAGCCAGUGGCUGCAGUUCAGAUCGUGACAGCUUUGGGCGAUGCAGAAACCUUCGUCAAUGAAAUUCAAGUUCUUGAGACAACAGCAAAGCAGCAACCAGCCGUGCAGAUUCUGACAAGCACAGCUGCCCCUGGAGAAACCAUCGGCGGCUUUUUCUAUCUGAAACUGGGGGUUAUCGGGCCAACCCGCCGUCUCCCGUAUAAUGCCGACCCCACUCAAAUGAGUGUGGCUUUGGAAAUGGACUUGGGGUUUGGGCUUCAGACAGUUACCGUCACCCGAGAGCCUAACACGUACUGUGCCUGCAGUAACGGGUACGUAUGGCAUAUUACAUUUCUUUAUGCCGAAGGCUCCCUGGACGCGCUGACUGUAACCAGCAGCAGUCAGCUUACAGGAAGAUCGGCGUCUAUUGGUGACGGAAGAAGUGGAUCAUCAGCGGUGAUAUCGGUACCCUCCACUACGCUCGGGGGCACCAUGACACUCCAGCUGGGCAACUUUAUCACACGGAACAUCAAGUACGAUGUUGAUGAAGCAGAGCUAACGACUAUUCUGACUCAGGAUUUACAUUUGAAUGUCUGGAGCGUCUUACGUUCUUCGCCGAGCGCGAUGGAUACCUACACCUGGCGUGUUACGUUCACGGCAAGUGACACGCUUUAUGAUGUGCCUCAGCUAUUGCCACAGGGUGUGCUGAUGACCGGGUAUGGUGCAGGGUUGACUGUGCGCACGGAGCGUGACGGUCAGGGUCGUUUGUCAGGGUUCUUCAGGCUCCAGUUCCGAACAGAUAUAUUCCCAAAUGAUGAAACUGAUGAUAUCCCUGUCGGUGCGAGUGAUCACGAUGUUGAAGUCGCGCUGGAGAAACUGGUGUCAGUAAAUGAUGUUACUGUCCGUCGUACUAAUGCCAUGAAUAUUUAUGGUGGAUACUCGUGGACAGUCACGUUUCUGCAAGUGAAUACCAAGAAUGACUACGGCCCCGUGAUAGAUACAUCAGGCCAUUUACCUUCACUUGUGCCUGUCAUUACCAAGCUUAAAGGCACAAACGCUCGUGUUGUUGUCCAAGUUGGUGGUUACGAGCCGUCGUCGCUGUCAGCUGAUAGUUCAAGCACCAAUGCUGGACUACCAGGCGGCUCGGCUGGCAUGGUGACAGUCUUUUCACGCGGUAAUAAUGACUGGAGGCAACAGGGUGGCACGAUUGCUGGGCAUGAUACCCGUGGCGGCGAUUUAUUCGGUUCCAGUGUUAGUUUGCAGGGCAACACGUUACUUGUGGGCGCACCCGCUGCUGCAAUCUUCGGUGAUUUUGAGAAACAGUCACUGUUGUGUGAUGCCGACGGAGGACAUUUGCGCAUUCUAUUCAAUGGGAAGGCGUCGAAUCCGGUUGCAUUCGAUGCAAAUUUGCAAGAACUCCAAUCCGCGAUUGCUGCAGUAAUGUCAGUAGAUUACAGCGAGGUUCAGGUCGACACAUUCUUCACUACGUUGUGUUCGGGGGUCGAGAUUGGACUUACAUUGCGGGCAGGCGACCACGGAGAUGACGUGGGGAAUAUCCCUGACCUUGUCGUUGACCCGAGUGCAUUAACAAAAGGUGUUGGCGCUGGAAGCGCUCAAAUGCACGAGUAUUCCGCUGGCUCGUUUCGCAGUGAUGGGGCUAGAGCCAAAGGACUUCAAUGUGGUGCCGCCUACAUCUUCACACGAGACAAGCAGUUGAGCACUUGGUCGGAAUACACAAAGUUCGCACCACCAGCUGCUCAAAUCGAUGACGUGCGUGAUUAUGGCGGUGCAGUUGCGCUCUCCGACCCAUUUGCUGUCGUGGGAGCCCCUGGGGCUUAUAACGAAGAAGGUCGUGUCUUUGUUUAUCAGUUCAACGGGCUUGAUAAAUGGCUACUUUUCCAAACUCUCAGUGCUGCGCCUAAUGCGAUUACGAGUGGGGAUCGAUUUGGAGACUCUGUGGCGAUCUCAGGAACUGUAACAACGACUGUGGUUGUUGGUGCCCCGGGCUACGCCGAUAAUAGUGGGGCUGUGUUCGUAUUUGACCUGGUGAGCGGCUACUUCCAAAGUCGCCAAAUGCUGAUGCAAGUAAUUCCUGAGAUGCGGCCCGGAGAUCGCUUCGGAAAUGCGUUGGAAUUGGAUAUGAUCUUUACCUACACGCUAGUUGUUGCUGCCCUCCGUCAUACAUAUCGUCGUGAUGGCGCAGUUGAUGCAGUGGAGAGUGGCGUGGUCCUCGUGUUUGUUCGACGCAGCAGCAGUGACAUCUUAUUCGUGCUGCAACAAGCUCUAUAUGCGUCAGAUUUACGCGCACGCGAUCGAUUUGGAACAAGCGUCGCGGUGGCGAAAGACACAAUUAUUGUUGGUGCUCAUGAGCUCUAUGAGGGUGAACGCACAACUCGAAAGGCGGUGCAAGCUCUCACAGCUAGCGUCUUGAAGAAUAAGACCACAAACACUAUCCAAGGUGGUUCGUUCAUGCUUAGCUUCCUGCGCUCCAACGCUGGAGAAGACCCGACAAAAGUGACGACUAUGAGACGGGUGGAGACAAGAGCGAUUGCGUACGACAUCAGCUCAUCGGGACUUGAGGUGAUUUUAGAAACGGAUUUUAAUCUGACAGACGUUGUUGUACAUCGAGAUGGCCCUAGCGCGUCUAAAGGAUACUCAUGGUAUGUAACUUUCACAGGAAGCUCUGGGGAGAUACCGCUGUUAGAGGUUGACAACACGCAGCUUAAAGGAGGGGAAAUUACGGUGAAGUGGAUCAAUCACUUGGCACCAGUGUUACGAGGAAGCGCUUACGUUUUCACUCGGGAUAGCAUCGGGAAAUGGGCCGAACAGGCAUCAUUUUUCCCGCGCAAGAAGCAGUAUUUUGCUUGGUUUGGAUCGGCAGUUGCAGUCCACAAACGUACCGCUGUCAUCGGAGCACCUAACUUGGAUACGUAUGUAUCAGGAACGAACUCUGGAGGUGCCUUUGUAGCCGACUUGGGAAUUAUGGCUCUGCGUUUCUCGACCAAGACAUAUAACGUGCUUGAAGGAGACAGUUUGGACGUCACAGUGCAGCGCUGCAGUCGGCUGGGAGGUUUUUGCGCGGUGGACGUAUCGGCUGCUCCUCAGCUUUAUAUCGAGUACGAUACAGGGGAUGCUUUCUCUGACCGACAGUCUGCUUCGACGAACGUUGCUGUUAUUCCAAGCAUUGGACCUUACAGGAAACUGUCGAGUCUGGACGCUUCUGGUAAACAAGGAUCAUCAUCGGUCUUCUUUGCGAACGAUAUUAUGGGCCAAGAGCCUUUCCCGCAGGAGGGGAAUGGACGAUGGCUUGCUGCUGAUGCAGUUGGUACAGCUAAUGGUCGGAACCAGUUCUACGGCAGUAGUGAGCGACGAUCGCUCUGGGUGGACUCAAUAUUUGACUAUGCUGGCACCUCGGACUAUUCAUCCAGCUCGGGGGAGCUUUUCUUUGACGGCGUAGACGAUCUUACUCAUACGUUUACUGUUCAAACAACAAAUGACUACGUGGUAGAGAAUCCCGACGAGACCGUGAUGAUGCGGCUAUCGCUUCCUGGUAUUUGGCCUAGUGUGACUGGAGACUUGUGGUCAACGCUUACUAUCAAGGAUAACGGAGAUGGUGGAAGUGGUACGCGCUCAUACUUAGCGCAUCUGAAUCCAGAGCCAUCUGUGGCUCAAGCACAAAGUGACUAUAGCAGCUCUGUUAGCAUCUUUAGUGCUGGAAAUGUAGCUGCCGUCGGUGCACCACUUGAGAGAAACAAGGCUGGUGUCAAGUGUGGCGCUGUGCACUUAUUCGUACGUCGAAGCGGGUUUUGGGAGCGUGAUGUCACGGUUUUCCCGUCCGAUUGUGUCCCAGGUAUGCUGUUUGGGACAUCUGUGGCGAUUGAUGGGAGCCUUGGCUCGAUUCGAGCUAUCAUCGGUGCUCCAGGUGCUGACGCUGCGUUCAUUUAUUACUAUCACCGAGAAAGAUUAAGUCCGGCAGCUAGAUGGGUGGAGGAGUCACGGCUUGAUGAACCCACUUUACCCACGGAAGAUAUCAACCACAAUUACGCAGGCUCAAAUGCUGUAGCGAUAUUUGGUGACAUCGCGGUCGUGGGAGCUUCAGGAUUGGAAAACGUGUAUGUCUAUCAGCGAGAUGUAGAUGGAUUGUGGAAACUUGUGUCGACACUGCAUGCCGGUGACCGUGUACAGCAUCAGAUACUGGAGCGUACGGUAGAACAAGGGUACGCUUUUGGACAUGCCACGGAUAUGGAUAAGCGGACAAUCAUCGUUGGAGCCCCGUUCUCUGACGCUGGCGUCUUCACUGCCCAACAAUAUUAUAGCGCAGACUUCGAUCGUCGCUAUUUUGCGAAAGGUGCUGCUUAUGUUUUCCACCUCGAGGCGCAGGAGCAGCGAAUUAUUUUGCGCACAAGCAACCCGCUAAUUAGUGGCUCAUUUCGAUUAAUAGCAACUCGACGUGGGGUUACUGGCAUUACACGCGCAAUCAGCUACAUUGCUACGGCAGCAGAAGUUAAGGCGGCACUGGAAGGAACGAACAGCCAAGACGGCGAUGGAUCGACCAUUGAGGCAUUAGGAUUCAGACUCCUCGAAGUUGGUCGUACAGGAUCAAUCGAUCUGGGCUUCAGUUGGAUUGUGACAUUCAUCGGAGAAAUAGUGACAGUACCAAUGAUGACAGCUACAUGGCUUGGAAACGGGUGCUCUUCGUGCGAGGCCUUCAGCAGCACUUUUAUCCCUGAUCCAACUCGACAGAUACUAAUUUCUGAGGCCAUCGUGGGUGCCGCUAGAUCGAGUGCGCUAACGACUACGACGUGGGAUUUUGAGACUGGAGAUCUAACAGGAUGGUUGACUACGGGGACAGCGUUUGACCAGCAACCAACGUACGGUGACAAUAGCUACGGACGUGUGAAUACUUACCGGCCAAGCUCAUUUGUCGGUGCGUCGCCACCAGGUCAACGGGCCAACCAUGAAGGUCGCUACUGGGUGGGUACAUUUGAGGCGCGUCCUGGAGCAGGGAAGGCAACGACUGCAGCACAAGUGGCAGCUCAGAUGUGUGCAUUCGCCAAUGACGAGCUGUGUCGUGCACCAAAUUACAAGUUGCCAAGUGCGAGUGCAUCAGUGGGCACUACCCAAGGAGACGGACCGCAGGGCACGCUCACAUCUCUUCCCUUUACAGUCGAGGGACAGUGGAUGUCGUUUCGUCUUGGCGGCGGCUGCGAUAUCCGAGUUGUGUACGUGGAAUUGCUGAUUGAUGGCCAACCCGCAGCAGUCUCUGAAUCGGUGGCGGCGGAGCAGGUCGCGGUAGAAGGCACAGUGGACUGGACUUCUACUACUACAUCGGCAAACAAAGUUUGCCCCGUUACUGCCACUUCAAAACUUCGAGCCACCGGUCGGUGUCGGGAGACUAUGCAAGAAAUUACGUGGGACUUGAGCGCGUUCGAGAAUCGGACGGCACAGAUUCGAGUCGUGGAUGCCUCCAGUAAUCCCGUGUGGGGCCAUAUCAACUUCGACGAUGUGCGCUUUUCGUGGGGAGCUACACGUGCUGCGCAAACAACAACAUCGAGGGCUGGUGCAGCCUACACAUUCCGUCGUCGCGCGCCGGGAACGCAGUUCCCCACUGCUAAAUGUGAGGGCAUAAACCGAUGGACUUGCGAGUGGGAGUUCCAGGCACGUCUGGCUGCCAGUGAUAAACGUAGUGAGGAUCUCUUCGGAUCAAGUGUUGCAGUAGACGACGUCUUGGGCGUAGCAGUCGUUGCUGCACCUGGUCAACGUGGCGUCGACGCCAAUAACACGAUCGAUCGUGUGCUAAGCGAUGGUCUUGACACAAGCAAGGAAGGACUUGGAGCGAUGGAGCAAGUGGGAAGCCUCUACGUGUUCCGACGUGCCGACGAAGUUCGUGACGGUGCUGGUGUAUUACUGCGCACACCCAAAUGGGCCUCUAAAGAAGUCGUGAAGAUGCAAUAUCCGCAGAAACAACGCCAAUCUCACUUUGGUGCUGCACUCGAUCUGGACGGCAGUGAUUUACUUGUUGGCGCACCAGGAAUCUCAACAUCUCCCGUGUUACCGCAAUCUGGCCGUGCUUUUGCCUACGAUUUAGCACUCACAGGUGUCAAGUUUACAAACUCUUGGUUCGCAUGUGUCGAGGGGAAUACCGACGGUCUCGUGGGGUUGACAUUAUCACGCUCUGCAGCAACUAGCAACUUGACUCGACCACUGACUAUCGGCUACGCGACUGAGGAUCGCUCUGCUGUCGGAGUGGACGCUUUGAAGUUUGCAGCCUGUAUGAAAGUCGCAUCGACUCUGCGUAAAGAUUGUGGAGACUACCAGCAGGUUGCAGGUGAAGUGACUUUUGCUGCUGGGGAAACCUCUAAACUGGUGACAAUUCCCAUCAUGGAGGACUUGUGUCUCGAGCAGUGGGAAAAGCAUUUUGUCGUGCGACUGCACGUCCCUGGCGGGGAACCAUUACUGGGAGAGGAUUUUAUAGCUCGGGUGCGGAUAGAUGAUGACGACUUUAACAGCGAGACCUGUUGA